AGAGGAUGUGGCGGGGAUAAAAGCCCCACCCAGGCCGGCCAACUCUGCUCGGCAACUGGGGACGCUUCCUGCUCUCGGUGCGCGCCCGGCCCAGCUUCUUUUAAAAUGUCUACUGUUCAUGAAAUUCUCUGCAAGCUCAGCUUGGAGGGUGAUCACUCCACGCCCCCAAGUGCCUAUGGGUCAGUCAAAGCCUAUACCAACUUCGAUGCUGAGAGAGAUGCCUUGAACAUCGAAACAGCCAUCAAGACCAAAGGUGUGGAUGAGGUCACCAUCGUGAACAUUUUGACAAACCGCAGCAAUGAGCAGAGGCAGGACAUUGCCUUUGCCUACCACAGAAGGACCAAAAAGGAACUUCCGUCCGCGCUGAAGUCUGCUUUAUCUGGUCACCUGGAGACAGUGAUUCUGGGCUUGUUGAAGACACCUGCUCAGUAUGAUGCUUCUGAGCUAAAAGCUUCCAUGAAGGGGCUGGGAACGGAUGAGGACUCUCUCAUUGAAAUCAUCUGCUCCAGAACCAACCAGGAGCUUCAGGAAAUUAACAGAGUCUACAAGGAAAUGUACAAGACGGACCUGGAGAAAGACAUUAUUUCCGACACUUCUGGAGACUUCCGCAAGCUGAUGGUUGCCCUCGCCAAGGGCAGAAGAGCUGAGGAUGGUUCUGUCAUUGAUUAUGAACUGAUUGACCAGGAUGCCCGGGAUCUUUAUGAUGCUGGAGUGAAGAGGAAAGGAACUGAUGUUCCCAAGUGGAUCAGCAUCAUGACUGAGAGGAGUGUGUGCCACCUGCAGAAAGUAUUUGAAAGGUACAAGAGCUACAGCCCAUAUGACAUGUUGGAAAGCAUCAAGAAAGAAGUCAAAGGAGACCUGGAAAAUGCUUUCCUGAACCUUGUUCAGUGCAUUCAGAACAAGCCCCUGUAUUUUGCUGACCGCCUGUAUGACUCUAUGAAGGGCAAGGGGACUCGAGAUAAGGUUCUGAUUAGAAUCAUGGUCUCCCGCAGUGAAGUGGACAUGUUGAAAAUUAGGUCUGAAUUCAAGAGGAAGUACGGCAAAUCUCUGUACUACUACAUCCAGCAAGACACUAAGGGUGACUACCAGAAGGCCCUGUUGUACCUGUGUGGUGGAGAUGACUGAGUUAUCACGUGGCUGGAGCAUCCUGACCCCAAGCUUCCUGUGCACUCACCUAAUAUUUUAGAGAAUCAGCUUGCAACUAACAGACCCCAGAGCCCCUCCCUGUGAAGUCCUUGUUAGCAUUGCCUCUCGCUACUAUUUUAGCUGCCUUAAAAGCAAUGCCUGGCUUUCCCUUCAAUCUCUCCUUUAAGCCAAAGAAAUGAACAUUCCAAAGAGUUGGAAGUGAAGUCUAUGAUGUGAAACACUUGCCUCCCACAUAUUGUGUCAUAAAUAAACUGAGUUUUUACUUUAGAAACAA